GGCAAAUAUUUGAAUUCAAAUUUAAUUUAUCUCUCAUUUAAAUCAGUUCACAAAAUUCAGUUAAUUUUUUUUAAAUCACUUUAUUAUCAAUCAUUAAAUCAGAUCCAUUAGUUAGUUUUUAGACCAUUGAUUAAAUCAAAGACAUAUCAGUAGUAUUGAUACAGUAGUGAUGAAUAGCGAGCCCACACAGUUUGUCAAUCUUUGCGCUCAGUUAUGCAAAGACCCGGUGUUUGCAUCACUCGAAAGCCAUGAGAAGCGAAUCGCUCACAUCUUUCAAACGAUUAAAUCGCUUCAAGAAUUCCGCGAAGACAUCACCCAUAAAGUGGACAAUUAUGUCAAACUCUGUGACAAAAGUGAGACAAAGUCACAGAUGUAUCGCACAGAAGGUGACAAUCAUAUGUCAGCCAAGAACUACUAUAUAGCUAUUCAGUGCUAUACCAAUGCUUUACUAUGGGCUCCCUUUCCCACUGAAGGCUCCGACUGUAAAGAUUUGCAAAAGGCAUACACUGCCAGAGCUCACGCUUUCUGUCGUAUUGAUGAUUACUCCAAUGCCCUCUUCGACGCCGAAAUGUCUAUGUUUUUGGGUUCAUCUGUCGAUAUGACGUGUGUUAAAGGCAUUAGUCUGAAGAGUUUGGGCCGUUAUGGUGAGGCCAUGCAAUGCAUCGAUGGUAUACUUGCCUGUAAGGAACAGUUCAAACUCAAUGAAAAGCCACAACUCCUCAAAACACUAAAAGAAAUGCAUACAUCUCUAACCAAAGAGCUGGUAGUGUACGGACCUAAUUGGCCGCUUCCAGAACAGGAACACAUCAGUGACUUUGAUCUAUGGAUGGAACAAAAGAUCGCAUUGAAGGCAAACAAAGAAAAAGGUCGUCACUUUCUGGCUAAAGAAAAGAUACCAAAGGGAGCGGUCGUCAUAUCAGAGAAGCCACAGAACGCUGUGAUAUCGGCCCAACACUUAAGAUCUGUAUGCAGUUGUUGCCAGAAAAUGAUUGGUUUCCAGUUCUGGCCGUGUGUUUGGUGUAAUGAAGUUGUCUUUUGUGACCGAACCUGUCAUGACAGAGGUAUCAAAGAUUCGCAUCAAUUUGAAUGCAAAAUGACAGGACUAGUGAUCCAGAGUCCACUCUACCAGACAUUCCGUGUGGUCACACGUAUUGGAGCAGAAUAUGCCUUCAAAACGGCCACUGAUUUCGAUCUCCAGAAGUUUGAUCUCCAGAAAUGGUUGUGUCGUUUCUAUGGUCGAGAUUGUCAUCUUAUGUAUCGACGUAUUAGAGAUGAGAAACGACAUCACUUCGAGGCAUUUCUGUCACUGACAGACAAUGACAACAAAUACACGACGGAAGACAAUGCGAAGCACACACUUAUGGCCAUUGAUUUGGCGCUUCUUAUUGAAUACAAGAAGGCUUUUGUGGCCGACAACGAACAGACGUUUGUUUCGUUUGUGGCAUUUUUGGUAAAAACAUUUCGCAGAACAUUGACCAACAGUUUCGGGUGGACUGUUAAGGAUCCGCAACAAUCACAACAAAAUCUAGCACUUGGCUCCUGUGUCUCCAAUUAUUCUUCGUAUAUCAACCAUAGCUGCGACCCCACAAUGUUUUGGCAGUUCUUCGGCGAUAAGUUAAUAUUCAGAGCAAUCAGAGACGUCGAGCCGGGAGAAGAAAUGUCAAUCAGUUACGGACCAAAUCAAUGGAUGCCUUUAGAGAAGAGGCAACUCAUUCUGAGAAACAAUUAUCACUUCAGUUGCGGUUGCAAUCUAUGUCUCAAACAAGUCAAAGGCUAUCCGGCACUCAAAUGUCUUGAAUGUGAAGGACCAGUACUUUAUGUGGCAAACAUCCACAGACAAGACAGAGACUUAUGUCUUCAGUGCGGAACUCUCUAUCCCAACAUCAGACAAGUACUUCAAAAAGUGGCUUUUGUUAGACUCGAGUUUGAAGAAUCACUCAAAAUUAUAAAUAGAUUGCAACAAAAUGAUGGUAAAGAAGAAGCCAAAGAUGAAGAGGAAAAAGAAGAAGAAGAAGAGUAUGAAGACAAUACAUACGACAACUCUGUGGAAAAUUCAAACAAUGAAGACGUUAUCGAUGAGCACAAAGAAGAAGAAUCAAAUGAAAAGACUGAUACUGAAAGCAAUAGCAUCUCUGAACUCGAGAGUGAACAACAAGAACAAGAAGUGAACAAAGAUUCCAAAGAAAAUGAUGAAACCAAAGAUCCGGAAGAAAAAGAAGCCGAAAGACAAACAAUGAUUGAUUUGCACCUUAAGAGAGCCGAAGAAGCGGUGCAAACGAUCAUUGAUUUGCAUUACAAUGAAGUUAGUGAACUGAUUGGCCUUCAAGUGAGACUCACGAAGCAGUUCAUUAUUUGUGGUAAAUAUACCGAAGCCGGCAAACAUGUCGACCGUUUCCUCAAUGCAAUUGAUUGGUCCAAAUGCGGUCAAAGUUGUCAACAUUGGGAGGACUUAUUGUUUGUCACAAAUGCUUACUACGAAUAUCUCAAAGACCAGACUGUCGGCCAAAAGCAAGAGUGGAAACAAUGCUUUCAGUCGUUUUCAGCACUCAAACAGUCGUACAAAAGUAUUAAACAGGAAGACCAAGGAUUCCGUUGUAUUACCAUUGAUGGCAAACCUGUUCAGUCGGCUGAUGAGGUCAAGCAAGUGAUGCGCGAGAAAAAGUCCAACUUUUCGGCGCUCAAAGAGGUCUACAAGAAUUUGUUCACUCAUUGAUACUACUGAUUAUGUCUUCAAAAUUAGUCUCUAUUUUCACUGAUUUCUGUUAAAAUUUUUUUUAUUGUUUUUGAAUUCAUUAAAAUUGUUUCAUUCAUUCAUUUAUUACUUUA